AUGCCUGUGUUUGCAACCGGAUUUCAGUCGGUCUUCUGCGCCGAUUUCCGCUCAAUUCGAGGGCUUUCCGGGAAGAGGUGGCGGUGGUUGGGGCUAUUUUUGUUUGGGUGGGGGAUGCUUCGGUCUUUCGAUGGCUCCGGCGUCAGAUGGCUGGAGCUCCGCCGUGGUUUUUCGCCCUUCUCCCUGUCUCUGGCGUUGGGGCAAGGAGGACUAUUGCUGCGUCUCCGACCAGUGGUGUUGGACAGGAUGGUGCGAUGGUGGGCGGGGAUCGUGGUGGUUCCGGGUGAGUCGGGGGUUGGUCCGACCGCCUCGACAUCUUUUUGCUUCUCCUGUAUCCAUGCUCUGUGGUUCGGGGGUCACCGGGUUCUGUCGGGCUUGGACUCACUAGUGGUAUCGCACUUCUCUUCCCCAUCAAUGGCCAAAGAACCAGUUCGUGUUCUCGUCACUGGUGCCGCAGGACAAAUUGGAUAUGCUCUCGUACCAAUGAUUGCUAGGGGAGUUAUGUUGGGCCCCGACCAGCCAGUGAUCCUCCACAUGCUCGAUAUCCCACCUGCUGCCGAGGCUCUUAAUGGAGUUAAAAUGGAAUUGGUGGAUGCAGCUUUUCCUCUUCUUAAAGGUGUUGUUGCUACAACUGAUCCCGUCGAAGCAUGCACUGGUGUCAAUGUUGCUGUAAUGGUUGGUGGCUUCCCGAGGAAAGAGGGUAUGGAGAGGAAAGAUGUGAUGUCCAAGAAUGUCUCCAUCUACAAGUCCCAAGCUUCUGCUCUUGAGAAGCAUGCUGCUGCUAACUGUAAGGUUUUGGUUGUUGCCAAUCCUGCCAACACCAAUGCUUUGAUUUUGAAAGAAUUUGCGCCAUCCAUUCCUGAGAAGAACAUCACUUGCUUGACGAGGUUGGACCACAACAGGGCCCUUGGACAGAUUUCAGAGAGAUUGAAUGUUCAGGUGUCGGAUGUGAAAAACGUUAUUAUAUGGGGAAAUCACUCAUCGACACAGUAUCCUGAUGUCAACCAUGCUACUGUCAAGACUCCAGCUGGAGAGAAGCCUGUUCGUGAGCUUGUUGCUGAUGACACAUGGUUGAAUUCAGAAUUCAUAACUACCGUCCAACAGCGUGGUGCUGCUAUUAUCAAGGCUAGAAAGUUUUCUAGUGCACUUUCUGCAGCUAGUUCAGCUUGUGACCAUAUUCGCGACUGGGUCCUUGGAACUCCUGAGGGUACUUGGGUUUCCAUGGGUGUGUACUCUGAUGGCUCAUACAAUGUUCCAGCUGGACUGAUUUACUCCUUCCCUGUUAUUUGCAAGAAUGGUGAAUGGUCUAUCGUUCAAGGACUCUCGAUUGACGAGUUUUCCCGGAAGAAGUUGGAUUUGACUGCCCAAGAGCUCAGCGAGGAGAAGGCUCUUGCAUGUUCUUGCCUAUCCUAA